AUGUCAAACAUCAAGGAUUUAAAGACUUUAGCUUUCCUCAUCUAUGCGCAAGUUACCGUGUGCUCCAUGGUACUGGCGCAGUGCCCGUCACGAUGCUUGUGUCCUCAGGAACCUCCAAUGUGCGCACCUGGAGUUGAGCUCAUUCUGGAUGACUGCGCUUGUUGUCUCGUUUGCGCACGGCAAAAGGGGCAGAUCUGCUCCGAAAUGAACCCCUGUGAUACGCGCAAGGGUCUCCGAUGCGAUUACGGUGGUAUUAGGCACAGGAAGACAGGUGUAUGUGUAGUUCAUGAGGGGGAUGUCUGCCUACUGGAUGGCACUAUUUACCAGAAUGGAGAGACCUUUUUCCCCAGUUGUAAGUACCAGUGCCACUGUCGGGAUGGGCAGAUUGCUUGUAUACCACGCUGUAAUCUGGAUGUGAUGCUGCCUGGGCCAGACUGCCCCUUCCCACGGCGAGUCCAAGUGCCAGGAGAGUGCUGCGAAAAGUGGGUGUGUGAGCCCCAAACGGAGGCCAGUGCCCUCGGAGGCUUUGCCAUGGCUGCGUACAGACAGGAGGAGACAGUGGGCUUUGACUCUUGGGAUCCCAGUGUCAACUGCAUUGAACAGACCACAGAGUGGGGUGCCUGUUCUCGGACCUGUGGCAUGGGCGUGUCCACCAGAGUGACCAACAAGAACAGACGCUGUGAGAUGGUCAAACAGAGCAGGUUGUGUAUGGUCAGACCCUGCGACCAGCUGGAGGAGCAGAGACUUGCUACGACUGGGAGCAAGUGCCUGAGGACAAAAAGGAGCCCCAGAGCCACACACUUCACCUUCAAGAACUGCACCAGCAUCCACGCCUACAAACCCCGCUACUGUGGCCUGUGCGGGGACGGACGCUGCUGCACGCCCCACCGCACCAAAACGGCACAGGUGGAGUUUCGGUGCGCCGAAGGCAGGGUGAUUAAGAGACCUGUGAUGUUCAUCACUACCUGUGCCUGCCACUACAACUGUCCCCGUGACAAUGCCAUUUACCAUCCUGCAGACCUAGGCUACAUGGGCCACUGA